GAAAAUUCACCUAAAGGAAAAAAAUCAGGAAGCUGUCAAUAACAUAAAUGAAUGAUUGUAAAGAAUAUAACAUGGGAAUCUUCUUCAAUCAAGAUAUUAUCCUACCUGUGUGUGUUAAAUGACCUGAAAAAUGUGUUUUAUUGUUGGUUAUGGUGUUGAUGUUUAGCCCAAACCAUGUCAGGUAGGCUAGCAAGCUCAAGCUCCGUUUGUUCCGUAGCACCCUUUGAUUCCAACGAUGUACCCAUAUCUGUAGACUUACCAGAUGCUGCUAAAUUCUUGUUGGAAUUUUUAAGUGAAAUCUCAGCCAAGCCUGAAUUAUAUGAAGGGCCUUUAGUUGAAUGUGCUAUUCAGCGCUAUGAGAGGUACUGGCUGCCAUUAGUGGCCAAGCACCCAGGUCGUUUGUUGCCCGCCCCGCUGGAUAUUGAGUGGAUAUGGCAGUGCCACAUGUUGUCCCCAGCGGCUUACAACACAGACUGCCACAACAUUGCAGGGAAGCUAAUAGACCAUCACCUGAUGGAGAAGUCUCAGAGAAAAGAGUUGCUAAAGGAUUCUGAGCGCCUGUGGAGGAAAGAAUAUGCUGAUGUGCCUUUUUCUGCAUGUGAUGCUGUAACACCCUGGUUUGAUUGUGAGUUUGUUUCAGCCUUGACCUACAAUUUAGCAUCCGCUGUUGCAAGGCAAAGAGUAUUCUACUAUCAAGUCAGUCUUCCCCAUUACAGAGAUGAUAAAUUCUUGCAAAAUGCGUUGCUGCGAUAUAAAAAAUUUCUCUUUCUAAAGUGCCAUAACCCAGGAGUAUUUCUUGUCCCGUGCUAUGAUAAUGACUUGAUGUGGCAUACCCAUAUGCUCCAUCCUGUCUUUUACAAAGAUGAUACGGAGACUUAUAUGGGGAGUUUACUUCCUCAUGAUGAUUCAGUUAAUGACAGGACUAUUGGCUCUAAGCUAUCGCUAUCAGAGGCUAAAACACGUAACCUGUGGAGAAAAGUAUUCAGUGAAAAAUUCUCUUAUUUUGGAGCAAUGUACAGAGGAGAACCACCAAAUUCCAAACUUUAUGCAAUGAACAAAGAAGAUAUUUGCAGAGUGUGCACGAAACAAGCAAAUAUCCUUAUAGAAAAAAUUGGUAUAUCCGGUCUUCCUCUUGGUAAAACGUUUAAAUUAAAACUAUGCUACAACACUGGCUAUCAGAACUUUAACCGCUCCUUAUUUGUGACGGAGAAUAUUGCUACAGUCAAAGGGACAGCCAGGGUUUUGGAAGACAACAGAGUCAACACACAUUUUUCUUUUGAUACGCGUUACAAUGACAAAAUCAUUCUAAGUCUUCAGCAAAAAUCUGGGAAAUUGUGCCUGGGCACCAACGACAUUGUUGGUGAGGGAAAGAUAGAUUUACAGAAGAAAAUACAGUCGUUAAACAGCAAAGGGUUAACGGCUAAUGAUGAGAUAGAUUGUGGCGAUGGAUUAUCUAUUGGUCUGAAUUGGAGCUGCCCAGCGCCAGUUUUAGGGCCAUGUGUCUUGCGGCUGGAGCAAGGGGAAUACCAGAGCUGCGUCAUGCCUGAAGAUAGAGAAUCCAUUUGGGGGCCCAUUCCACUUCCUCGACUGCCACCUGGAGUAGACAACCGUUGCUCCGUGGCUUCACAUAAGUUGUUCAACCACACAAGGAGAGUAGUGUUCACAGUGCGCAUGAUACACAGCGAGCCCCUUCUCAUGUCUGCUAUUCAUGUGUUCUAUGGAGAUAAGCUGACGGUUGUGGCACAUCUGGUUGUAGGGGACCAGCUUCCCUUGCCAUCCUCUGUGACAGACACAAAAAAGUGUGUAACACUUAAUCCUAAAGAAGGGCAGAGGGCUGUUCUCAUUAAGAACAACAAUGGAGACUGGGGGGUAGCUGUUGGAUGGUGGGAUGGUUUUCAAAGAAGACUGACAGGUAGAAAAGGUUCUGGUAGCGAAGGCCAUUUAGAAGUGAGAUUUUACCAUCUCAAGUCCAACAAGUGUCACUUUGUCUCCUUCGAUCGUCUUUACUCCCUGGCCACCUCCAAGUUUGAAAUUGGAGAUUCUGUGGUGGAGUUUGACAGUGGAUUUAUAGAGAUCAACUCAGACAGGUCGGAGAUCGCAGAAAACCUGGGGCUUAUAUUCAGUGUGGCUCUGAUCCAUGUUUUGUGUCAGCCUCGGCCAACGAACUGGGCACCGCAGCUGACCUCACCCAAGGCGGAGGAACAGGCCGUGCCCAGGCUUGGCGGCUCGGAAGAAAUAGCACUCUUGUUAGCAGCCGGUGUGUUGAUAGCAACGCCAUGCAAUCACGCUAUCAAAAAUCUUUUUAAAAGAAGGAAACAAGAGUACGGUGAAAACAUGCUGAGGAGCGGCCAGCGAGAACAGGGUGAAAGGUCGGAGAUGCCUUCUCUCAUUCUUCAUGAAGCGCAGGUCAACGCAGGCUGGGCGGAGGACAACAGCAAUGCAGGGGCCAGCACCCCGGAAGCUGCGGUUUGUCCUAGCUCUGCUCUGACUGUGAUAAAGGAAAGUGAUGAUGAAAGUAGUGAAGAGGAUGUGAAAACAGGGCAUGUGACUUGUGAGAGUGAUAUUGAAGAAGUGACAGAGGAGACAUGUUUGCUCCGAGUCACGGAUGACACCAGCUUGCACCAAACAGAGCAGGAAAGUCCAGCCCCUGCUGCUUUCAGUAAUGAACAAAAAAAUGACAACAGAGAAGUCCCUGUUGCCUUAUACACUGGAGGAAAAACUAAGUACAAAGAAACACCUGUAGCAGUUAUUGUUCCUGAUCAAAAAGAAUUAAGAGAAAACCCUGUAGCAGUUACUGUCCCUGAUAAAAAAGAGCUUAAAGAAAGUCCUGUUGGCCAUGGGCUUAAAGAGAAAAAAAGUUCUAGAGAAGGUCCUAUAGCCGUAGCUGUUGCAGAGAGAGCAGAGUACAUGGAGGCUCCUGUUGAGGUGGGCACUGAGGACUGUAUACUAGAGGAGAGCAGUGAGAGUGGGGAGGAGGAUAUAUCAGAGCGGGAGAGCGAAGGGGUCUUUGAUGCGGAUAGUCAAACAGGGCUGUUUGGGAACGGGGAGAGUGACAGCGAUGAGGUUGAGGAUGAGGAUCCGUUUGGGCACGCCAGCCCUAACGACUGCGGGGAAGAGAGCUCUUAUGUGAUGAGUAGCCAUGAGGAGAUAGCGUUUGAUGUGGAUAAUUACUAUGAUGAGUUUUACAAUAUAGGAUCUGACGACCAGGUCAACGGGUGCAGUAAUGAAAACAUCGGUGGUUUGUUUAAUGAUGUGAAUCAUUUAGAAACAAAUGCAUGGGAAGUUUAUUCUGAGAGAGCUAACCAUAUGGAUUACAGUGAAAGGGCUAAUCACACGGAUUAUAGUGAAAGGGCGAACCACACGGAUUACGCAGGUUUUGUGAAUAGUUAUGGGUCGUACAAUGACCACGAGGACACGGGGGUCAAUGCGGGAUUGUUUGGUGGGGGAGGAGAUUGUGAGGCAAUACAGGAUCAUUCCACUAUGCUGUACUGUGCGGGUGGAGGUGAUCACAGCGUGGGGGGAGGGGAGAUCAGUGGAGGGCUGGUGGACAGUGGGGGGGAUUUAGGUGAAUGUGGUGGCUGUGGAGCGUAG